AUGUAUAUAAAUGAUUUAGCAUUUAAUCCAGAUUAUUCAUCAAUAUCAAUAUCUACUACAAAAAAUCAUAAGAUUUUUAAUUGUGAACCAUUUGGAGAAUUAUAUUCAUCAUCUGAAAAUCAACUUAAAAAGACGUUAUCAAAUUCAAUUGAAGAAGAAGAAGAACAACAAGAACUUACAAAUGAUGAUAAACAUAAUUACCCUACUAAAUUAUUGAAGAUGUUAUUUUCCACUAGUUUGACAAUAAUAGUGCCACAGGAUGAAAAUACCAAAGUGUUGAAGAUAUAUAAUUUAAAACAAAAUUUAAAAAUUGUUGAUUUAAAAUUUGAAUCAAAUAUAAUUGACGUCAAAUUGAAUAGGAAAAGGUUAGUGGUUUUUUUACAAAAUGGAGAAAUUCAUAUUUAUGAUUUGAGUUGUAUCAAAUUAAUAAAAAUCUUGAAAUUACAUAUUCCAGAAGAAAAUUCCGAAUUUGUUGGUGAUUUAAGUGUUAAUGAUAAAUCUUGGUUAUGUCUACCUUUAAAUUUAUUAAGCGAAUCAACACUCAUGAAUGAGCCUUUAAAUAAAUACAUUGGUAUAACCCCCAAGAUAAAGGAGACUAACUUAUUGGAAAAUCCCGUGAUAACAAUUGAAGAUUUGAAAAAAGAUGGGGAUGGAUGGUUAUUAGUAUAUGAUACUAUAAAUUUAAAACCAAUAAUAAUAUUCAAAGCUCACGAUUCUUUAAUUGGUAAAAUAUCAAUAUCUCACCAAGGUUUCAAAAUUGCAACUGCAUCAAUUAAAGGUACAAUACUAAGAGUGUUUGACUUGGUUCAAAUUGAUGAUGAGACAAUUAAUUUAGGUAAUGUUAAGAAUUUAAGGAGGGGUCAUAAUUUAACUAAAAUUAAUUCAUUAAGUUUCCAUAAUCAAGAUUUAAUAUUAGGUUGUGGAUCAGAAUCAAAUACUGUACAUUUGUUUAAAUUAAAUAAUAAAAACAAUAAUGAUUUGGAAUUAAAAGAAAAUCAAGAUGAUAGAGAAAUUUAUGAUCAUAGUGAUGAUCAAAGUGAUGGGGAAGCUAAUAGAUCAUCAUCAGAAGAUUUAAAUGAAAGUUUAGCCAAUUUAUUAUUAUCUAAAAAUCAACAAUCUCAACCAACAACUCAAAUAGAAGAAGAUAAACCACAAUUAAUAAAACAAAAAUCAUGGUUUAAAAAAACCAAAAAAAAAUUUAUAAAUAAUCAAUAUACAUCAUCAAUUCUUAAAAAAUUACCUUAUAAAGAUUUAUUUGAAAAUUUAAUAUGGGAACCACCAACAAGAUCAUUUGCUUAUAUAAAAUUACCAGAAUAUAUUCAAGAUUCCAAAAAUAAAGUUGAAAUUGGAUUUUAUAAUGAUUUAAUAUUUAUAGCUUCUUAUCAAACUGGUAAAUUUUAUCAAUAUCAAUUACCAAAACAAAAAAUUAGAAAAAAUAGUAUAAUUAAUAAUGAAAAUAAUGGUUUAAAUGAUGAAAAAGAGAAUCAUCAAAAUAGAGAAGAAUGUUAUAUAAUUAAUCAAUAUGAUAUGAUAUAA